GGUGAUCCCGGGCGCGAGGGCGGGCGCAGGGCGUCCAGAGAACCCAGUAAUCCGAGAAUGCAGCAUCAGCCCUUCCCACCAGGCACUUCCUUCCUUUUCCCGAACGUCCAGGGAGGGGGGCCGCGCUCUUAUAAACUCGGGCCCGGGCCCGCCGGCCUGUCAGAGGCUGCCUCGCCGGGGCUGCGCGCCGCGGCCGGACGCACCUAGUCCGGGACCUACGCGAGCGGCUGUAGCCGGCGGCGCCCUGCGCCUCUCAGCCCCGGCCGAGCCCCUGUGCGCGGCGUGCGGACACUAUGCUCCGCGUUCUGCUCCUCGGCGUGCUGGCCCCCGCCGGCCUGGGGCUCCCGGCGCCCCUCGAGCCUCAGCCCCUCGGCAGCCAGUGCGUCGAGCAGGACUGCUUUGAGCUCUUCCGAGGCCCUGCGACUUUUGACGCCGCCAGCCAGGUCUGCGAGCGCCUGCAGGGUCACCUGAUGACCGUGCGCUCCUCAGUGGCGGCGGAUGUCAUCUCCCUGCUCCUGAGUGGCGAGGGCGGCGAUGGCCUGCGGCUCUGGAUCGGCCUGCAGCUCCCGCCCGACUGCGGCGACCCGGGACACCGCGGGUCCUUGCGUGGGUUCCAGUGGGUUACGGGCGACAACCACACCAGCUACAGCAGGUGGGCGCGGCCUCACGACAACAGGGCGCCCCUCUGCGGUGCGCUGUGCGUCGCCGUCUCGGCACCCGGAGAUCUGGCCUGGGAGGAAGAGUUGUGCGCCAAGGAGGCCGACGGCUUCCUCUGCGAGUUCAACUUCGCCGCCUCCUGCCGGCCGCUGACUGUGAAGCCUGGCGCUGCGGCGGCGGCCGGCGUCUCCAUCACCUACAGCACCCCGUUCGGAGCCCGUGGCGCGGACUUCCAAGCGCUGCCGCUGGGCAGCUUGGCCGUCGUGGCGCCCCUCGGGGUGGAGCUGGAGUGCACGGUGCAGCCCGGGGAGGCCGAGGCGCGCUGGGGUCGGGAGGAACCGGGCGCCUGGGCCUGCAGCGUGGAGGGCGGCGGCUGCAAGCACGCGUGCAACGCGAGCGCCGGGGCGUGGAGCUGUCUCUGCCCAGACGACGCCGCUCUGCAGACGGACGGGCGCUCGUGCGCGACGCCGGCCGAGCACCCGUGCCACGAGCUCUGUGAGCACUUCUGCGUCCCCGGCUUCCCUGACGCGCCCACCAACUACACGUGCAUGUGCGAGACCGGCUACCGGCUGGCUGCGGACCAGCACCGGUGUGAGGACGUGGACGACUGCAUGCAGGUGCCCAGUCCAUGCCCGCAGACCUGUGUCAACACGAAGGGCGGCUUCCAGUGCCACUGCUUCCCUGGCUUCGAAAUGGUGGACGGCGAGUGCGUGGAGCCUGUGGACCCAUGCUUCGGCAGCGACUGCGAGUACCAGUGCCAACCCUUGGGCCAAUCCAACUACCUCUGCAUCUGCGCUGAGGGUUUUGCUCCCAUCCCCGGCGCCCCGCACAGGUGCCAGAUGUUCUGCAAUCAGACUUCGUGCCCGGCCGACUGCGACCCCCACAACCCGGCGAUCUGCCGGUGCCCUGAAGGCUACAUCUUGGACGAGGGCUCCAUCUGCAUGGACAUCAACGAAUGCGACAACAGCUACUGCCCUGGCCAGUGCCACAACCUCCCCGGUACGUACAAGUGCAUCUGCGGGCCUGACUCGGCCCUCUUCGGCCCGACUGGCACCGACUGCUACCCCACCAAGGUGAGCGGCGGCGACCUGGAGGGCGGAGAGGAGGAAGGCGGCUCUGGGGCGCUCCCUGACAGCCCGACUCCCAGCGCCACCCCUCGCCCCUCGCCCACGCCCCAGCGGCCCCUGCAUUCCGGUGUGCUCGUGGGAAUCUCCAUCGCGAGCCUGUCUCUGGUCCUGGCCCUUUUGGCGCUCCUCUGCCACCUGCGCAAGAAGCAAGGUGCCUCGCGGGCGGAGCUGGAGUACAAGUGCGGCGUCCCAGCCAAAGAGGUGGUGCUGCAGCACGUGGAGACAGAGCGGACGCUUCAGAAACUCUGAGCGGCCUCCCUCCCUGGCCCAGGCGUUGGGUGGCCUUUUCCUCCCUGCUGGGCCUCCUCUCUCCUCCCCUCCCCAGCCUUUCUCUCCCACUACUCGGAAGCACCUUAACUGGCGUCAGAACUGGAGGAGACCUUAGCCCCUCUUCUUUCGCUGCAUCUACACUUGGCUGUGGAGGGGGUGGGGAGCGUUGGAAGGAGUAUGGCCCCAGCCACUUCCAUGAGGUCAUCGGACAAGUGGGCAGAGAUGGCAGUUUUAUAAGUCACAGAUUGCAAAGUGUCCCAUGCCCUCACCAAGGGGCACAGGAGGGACACGUGUUCUUGGUUGGCAGUCUUGGGGCGGACUUCAUCCCAGUGGACUCGUGAAGUGUAAUUGAGUCAUGAAUAAUGACCAAGAUAUUUAUUUUUUAGGUAUUUUUUGUUUUGUUUUGUUCUGCUUUUUUCCCUACCCAUGUGUUUCCAACACCCACUUUGUAUCCCUCCCUCCUCCUCCCUUCCCCUGUCUCCUUCCCUGUCUACAUAUUUAUGUGGUCCCACUUGUCAUGGGGCCCUUGCACUAUCUCAGUGAAGUUUUUCCAGCCCUCUCGCAUUUAUGAAGCCAAGCCACAUUUCAUCCCUUUCAUUUCUCCCAACUUUCUGCUCCCAGGACCUCGGCCAAGUCACCUGAGCCACCUGCCUGUAUUGGACCUUACUUCUGCUCUUAGCUGUCUGCCGCAGCAGAACUGCGAGUCAUCAACAAAAACACUAGAAAUAAGAAUGGUUGGGAGUUUGUUCCUUCACCGGAUUUGCUAAUUUAUCCUGAAAUUUCAGGGUGCUGGAGCAAUAUCAUUUUAACAGAGGUUAAGAUGUGAAGAGCAUUUGUCAGGCUGAUGUUUCUGGACUGUCAUAGGAAUUCAACCCAAGGAGAUUUUCAUUUUUAUUUUUAAACAAUGAACCUGGGUUUUAUUGUUGCUGUUGUUUUGAUUUGGACUAAAAAAUAGUCCUUGUUGUUAAGCUUCUUAUGCAAUGUUUUUGCUAUUAUUCUUCUUCUUCCUAUUGUUAUUAUUAUUAGUUAUUUUUGAUAGUGUUGAAAAUGUUUGUUGACAUGGUUGCUCUAAAUUGAGAGAAGAUGGAAGCACCUCCUGGGAGACAGUGUAAGAAAGUUCUGAGCUGCAGGAUUCAUGCCAAGGACCAUUUGGACUCUCACUGUUCUUGUCAUGUGUAGGCCCGAAUAAAACCAGCUCUACUGGUUUUUUUGAAUCUGGGAGCCUGGAGCAUGGCCAGUCAGGGCCUCACCUUGAUCAGGCCCUCAAGAAUUUCUCCCACUUCUAAGCCCAGCCAUUUGGAACGUGGUCCCCAGACAAGAGGCGGGAGCUGCCCCUGCCAGCUGGUGAGAGAUGCAGCUCUCAGCUCCAUCCCACCUACUGCACGAGAGAAUCUGCAUUUUAACAAGAUCAGCAGGGGGUUGUCUGCUUCAUAUAUUUGAGGAGAGCUGUUCCAGACAGCUUCCAACGUUCUGGAAUAGAUUAAAUAUGGAUGAGUAAUAAGUAGCAGGGCAAGUUAGGCCCUAUAUUCUCAAGAAACUGAGGAAUUUUCCUUUUAUAGCUUUGCUUUCUGGUAGAAAAGCCUAGGUACACACCUUUAGACAUUGCCACACAGGGUCUUUGGUUCAAGUAAGCUAGUACGGAAAAAAGUGUAUCAUGUAAGUGUACCUUUUGUAAUGCAAAGGUUUUCCCCUACUGUUUUGUAAACUCAGCACAUUUGUACAUAGUUAUUUAUUUAUUGGAGAUCAACUAGAACACAGGCAAAACUCCUGCUUAUGACAUCACAUGUGGAAAAUAAACAAA